CACACAUUGACGACAACAAAUCAUGGAGGAAUAUGCCCGUGAACCUUGUCCUUGGAGAAUAGUAGAUGACUGCGGUGGUGCCUUCACAAUGGGGGCUAUCGGCGGUGGGGUCUUUCAGUCCAUCAAGGGGUUUCGAAAUGCCCCAGUGGGUGUCCGCCACAGACUGAAAGGGAGUGCAAACGCCGUCAGAAUAAGAGCCCCACAAAUUGGAGGCGACUUUGCUAUGUGGGGUGGCCUGUUCUCUACCAUAGACUGUGGCCUGGUGAGGCUGCGGGGCAAGGAAGACCCCUGGAACUCCAUCACCAGCGGGGCCAUGACUGGAGCCAUCUUGGCCGCUCGCAGUGGUCCCCUGGCGAUGAUGGGCUCGGCUAUGAUGGGAGGCAUCCUGUUGGCUCUCAUCGAGGGAUUCGGCAUCCUGCUCACCAGAUACACAGCACAGCAGUUUCAGAACCCGAGUCCCUUUAUGGACGACCCAAGCCAGUUACCACCAAAGGAAGGAGGCCAGGACAUGGGUGGUUACGGACAAUAUGGACAGUAUCGCUGAGAGGCCUGCUGUGUUCUCCUAACUAGCUGCUAGUAGUCAAAGGGACAGAUUGAGAGGGAGGUGGGAUGUUACAGACCCUGACAGUACAGCUCUUGUGAGAGUGGUAGACUAUCCCAUCCCUAGCAGCGGGGGAGGGCCGUGAUGUGCACUAAGCUCACCUUCAAUCUGAACUAGAUUCCAAAUGUGGUUCUCGUCACUCAGGGGCUAAACACGAACUCUCUGUGAACAGUGUUUUGUUCUGGUAGGGGUUUGAGACGAUACCAGCACUUUAAUUCAUGGACUUCUUAACCCUGUGUCAUAAACCGAUCAUUGUUAUUACCUUCAUACGUUCAGUAGCUGGAUGGCAUUGGUUAUCUGUUGUGUUCAGAUCAGAUGUGUCUUGUUAUUUUGUUGAUUUUUAAAAAAAAAUCAUAUUAACAUGGCAUCCCUGGUUUUAGACAACAAUGCAUAAGUAAUCAGGGCUCUAAAUUAACUUUUUUCAUCACUAGCCAAAAUGGUUAGUAGAUGUUAAUCUUACUAGCCAAACACACACUCACUAAUGAGUCAAAGUGGCUCACAAGCUUGCUUUUCUACUAGCCAGCAUUUGGCUGGUUGGCAGCUGUUCAUUUAGAGACCUGAUAAUCAUCAUACAGGGAAUAUAAUUAAAUUGUGAUGUGAUCAAGCAUACUUAAUGCAGGCAAAGGCACGUAUACAUGAUAUUGGCUCUCCUUUAUUGACAGUAAAGAUGUCUUUUUAACGGAUCAGAGAUUGUCAGUUAGUGUGGUGGAGAGCCUCUUUUUGUAGUGCAUUUCAGAAAUCCCACAUACUGUACCCGAUGAAACCAGGGGAGCCCCAUCUCAUACAGGUUGCUGACAGUGAGAAAUCUCCAUUGUGUAGAUCUUGUUUACCAGCUGCCUGGCCCUGCUGUGAUGACCAGCUCUUUAAACAAUGACUCUUCUUCUGCACUGGACAGUCACUGUAUUUGUAUGAUCGCCAUGUUUGCACAGACUUUUUUUUUUUAGCUAGAUCAAAGUCUGGAUUACGGAGACCUUGUUGUCCUUCACUGCAGUCAGAGGGGGCAGUAAUGGCAACAAUCAAUCAUCCUCUGCCUACCGUAUGGCAAAGUGUUUUGAUGUCUGGGGUUGUGGUCUGCCUGGGCUACUCUUAAGGAUAUAACUUUCUAUUUUUGCUGUCGGAAGUUAUAUCUGGAAUGUAAUUAUGGCCCCUUAAUACAAUGCAAAACAGACAUGCAUGUUUUUUAGUCAGUUUGUCAUAUCUUUCUUACAUAAUUUGCCAGAAUUCUAAAUGUCCCAGCCCCACUACUUGGCAUAGCCCCUUUGCUCCAGGAGGCUUCACCUAGAUCACAGACCACACUUCACACUGGUAGACUUCACAUCCCAACAAUACACCACUGUGAAUACACUUAGUACCCCACAAAGCACUUACCUUCCUCUCCGAUCAUCACUGUUGCUCAUAUUGACCAAAUCUGAGUGAUUUUUGUGAGGAAGAAACUUUAAUUUUAUUUAUAAAUAUGCACUUAAGUAGUUUUUGGUUAUUAUUUAUUAAAGUGCAUUGUAAUGUAUGCAUAUUUGUAAUGAUCCAAUAAAGUAUUUUAUUGAACUUCAGCUUGUUUGUGUUAUUUGAUGUAGGUCUACUGAGGGGAGGGUCUUUGGGAGAAGCAUGUGGUUUUGAACUC